GCCUUGCUGUGUUCCAUCUAUUUUAUUAGGUUUUCACCCGGACUGAAUUUAUCGGCGCUCCUUCUAUUUCCGUGACUCUGGGAGACUAGGCGGUGUGAUUUCAGUGAAGUCUUUGAGUCGACAAAAUGCAGGAUCCAAAUGAAGACACAGAGUGGAAUGAUAUAUUGAGAAAAAAGGGCAUUCUCCCUCCUAAAGAGAUUCCAAAGGAAGAUGACGAAGAAGAAGAACUGGCCCUACAGCAACAGUCCGUUGUUAAAACCUAUGAGAGCAUGACACUGGAGGAGCUGGAAGAGAAUGAGGAUGACUUCAGUGAAGAUGACGAGGCUGCAAUUGAAAUGUACAGACAAAAGCGACUGGCUGAAUGGAAAGCAAACCAGAUGAAGAACAUUUUUGGGGAAGUGACGGAAAUCUCCGGUCAAGACUAUGUCAAAGAGGUGAACAAAGCCGGAGAGGGCAUCUGGGUGGUGCUGCACCUCUACAAACAGGGCAUUCCCAUCUGCACCCUGAUCAACCACCACUUGACUUUGUUGGCCAAGAAGUUCCCUCAGACAAAGUUCCUCAAGUCCAUCUCCACCACCUGCAUCCCCAACUACCCCGACCACAACCUGCCAACCAUCUUUGUGUACUUUGAAGGGGACAUGAAGGCUCAGUUCAUUGGCCCACUGGUGUUUGGGGGCAUGAACCUCAAAGUUGAAGAGCUGGAGUGGAGGUUAUCAGAGACUGGCGCAGUGAAAACAGAUCUGGAGGAAAAUCCGAGGAAGCCCAUCGAAGACAAGCUAAUGACUUCAAUCAGAUGUUCAGCGCCCACACGGAAGGACAGCGACUCAGAUGACGAGGACUAUUAGAGUCCAGAAGAAUCAGAAAACACUCCUGUCCGUGGAUGGAGCCCAACUCCCUUUUGUCACCAAGAACAUUUCAUUGUGGAGUUUGUUGUUGCUGUAACUCUCAGAGGCAACCAGACAACCACAGCUUUUUUAUCAUUCGACUUCACACAAGACCGUUUUUAACUCCAGCAGUAUCUUACAAUGUGCCACAAGGAGUUUCCAUUCAGGACACUUGUCUAUCUCUUUUGAACCAGAAUCAUGUUUAUAAAGAACAUUCAUGUUGAAAGGAGUGAUUUGUUUGUGUGGGGUGCAAAAAAGGCCAUCAUGCUGAGUGGAAAGAGGAAGACGUAUAGUAGUGCUUUUCUUCAUUUAUUGAGCUACACAAUCAUUUAUUUUUAGAAACAAUAUGGUGUAUCUGUCGAGAAUGAUGAGACAGGGAUGCAGAGCGUUGCUGCAGGAGCCGUGGCCUGGUGAAUGUUCAGGGGCUACUCGCUUCUCAUGGUUGAUCCUGUUCUGCCGGUUCCUUCUUCCCUCAGAUUCUACAACAUCCGUCUGGUAAAGCUCGAAUGCUCUGUCGGCACAAAUAGACAUCAAUUCAAUUGAAUUGCUUUUGGCAGGAGAUUUUUAUACCUUGCGAUGGCAAUUUUUAAGUUUAUAAUUAAAAAAUAAAUUAGUUCUUUUUUUGUUUAUAUGAAUUCUAAACAAAU